CUCACCCGCACACAGCGCACGCAACACAAACACACGCACAAGUCGAUUGAUCCCACCAACUCAACAGCAAUGGCGGGCGAGAAGGGCCUGGUGCUGCUGGACUUCUGGGUGAGCCCGUUCGGGCAGCGCUGCCGCAUCGCCCUGGCAGAAAAAGGCCUCCCCUACGAGUACGUCGAAGAGAACCUCAUGGCCGGCAAGAGCGACCGCCUCCUCCGCUCCAACCCCAUCCACAAGAAGAUUCCUGUCCUCCUCCACGACGGCCGCCCCGUCAACGAGUCCCUCAUCAUCCUCAACUACCUCGACGACGCCUUCCCGGACACCCCCUCCCUCCUCCCCUCCGACCCCUACCAGCGCGCGCAGGCUCGCUUCUGGGCCGACUACGUCGACAAGAAGGUCUACGACUGCGGCACCCGGCUCUGGAAGCUCAAGGGCGAGCCGCACGCGCAGGCGCGGGCCGACAUGGUGGAAAUCCUCAAGAAUCUGGACGGGGCGCUCGGGGACAAGGCCUUCUUCGGCGGCCAUGCCUUCGGGUUCGUGGACGCCGCGUUCGCGCCCUUCACCUCGUGGUUCCACAGCUACGAGAAGUACGGCGAGUUCAGCGUCGCGGAGGUGGCGCCGAAGAUCGCGGCUUGGGCAAAGCGGUGCGGCGAGCGGGAGAGCGUCGCCAAGAGCCUCUACUCGCCUGACAAGAUUUACGAGUUCAUCGGUGUGCUCAAGAAGAUGCACGGCGUUGAGUAGGCCGGCCGGCCGGCCGGCCGGGGGGAAGCAAUAAGUUCGAUCGUGUGUACGGUGUGUACUUGUGACGUGUGUGUGUGUGUGUGUGUGUGUGUGUGUGUGUGUGUGUGUGUGUGUGUGUGUGUGUGUGUGUGUGUGUUGUGUGUGUGUGUGUGUCAAUGCUAGUCUUCUUCAGUUGGGGCAGCACCGAGUUGCCACCUGCGAUUCUAUUCCAUGCGAAGAAUAAAUUAA